CCCUCAGCACCGAGAGACCAAGAGACCUCUUUACUCAUGGCUGAAGGGAAGGCAGGAGUUCUCUGGGGCUUCUCUGGGCCACUUUAAAGUCUGUCACCAAGAAAGGACAAGGUCUUCAAGCUCCUGCAGAAGUCUUGUUCGCUGCUCUCAGUCUUGUGGCUGCUUCUUCAUUUCUGCAUCAUUUGUGGAAUUUGCUGAUUCCCGCACCCAGAAUGGUGAAACAGAGCCACACAGAAUGAGCGCAUGAAUGAGGAAAUCGUGACUGAGAGUCCUGAGAAUCAUGGGAGGAAGGAAGAUGGCAAGAGACGAGGAAAGCACCUAUGGCUUGGAGAUGGAUUCACAGAUCCCAACAGGGCCCCCACUGAGGCUCAUCCUGGUAGGUAGGACCGGGACCGGCAAGAGUGCCACUGGAAACACCAUCCUCGGCCGGACCUGCUUCAUAUCCAAGCUGGGGGCUGUGCCUGUUACCAGAUCCUGCUCCUGGGCCAACAGGAAAUGGGCUGGCUGGUAUGUAGAGGUGGUGGACACCCCUGAUGUCUUCAGCUCUGAGGUCAAACAGAACGACCCUGCGUGCUCGGAGACAGCCCACUGCUUCCUACUGACGUCGCCCGGGCCGCACGCGCUACUGCUGGUCACCCAGCUGGGUCGCUUCACCACUCAGGACAGCCAGGUGCUGGCCGGGGUGAAGCGGGUGUUCGGGGAGAAGGUGAUGGCGCGCACUAUUGUGGUGUUCACUCGCAAGGAGGACCUGGCAGGAGAGUCUCUGCAGGAUUACGUGCGAUGCACAGACAAUCGCGCGCUACGGGAGCUAGUGGCUGAGUGCGGGGGCCGCGUGUGCGCCCUAAACAACCGAACCACUGCCCGCGAGCGCGAGGCACAAGCUGAGGAGCUGCUGGGCCUGGUCGCUGGCCUGGUGAGGGAACACGGGGGCGCGUACUACUCCAAUGAAGUGUAUGAUCUGGUGAGGACCCUGUGGAGCUCUAACCCCAAGGACCAAGUCAGCAAGGUGGCAGAGAUGGUGGCAAGACGCAUGCAGAGGCCCCUGCGCACCAGGCUGCUAACUGGGCUGUGGGACUGGCAGAAAUCUUACAGGAAGAGCUGGAGACGGGGCGUGGCUAUUUUCCUGGGUGUGGCCUUCCUGAUCUACCUGCUGGUCUACAGAAAGACAACUCAGGUCACUGGGGACCAGAAUAGCAGAUGUGAAGAGCAGAAGGAGCUGGUGGAAUGCAAACAUCGGGGAAGCUGGAGUUACGGCUCUGCAAGUGGCCUUUCUGUGAGAGCAUCAUCCAGCAGACACAGGUUCUCUGCCUGCCGGCAAGUGACUCACACUGGUGACUGGAGGCUGAGCCCUGCUGGCCCCGAAGAAAUGGAAGGCCUCCGGAAGAGCACAUAUGGAGCCAUAGUUGAAGGGAGCAGGGAAGUCUACUGUGGAGCAGAAUCAGGCUGCCUGAGGAUCCUCCUGGUGGGUAAAUCUGGCUGCGGGAAAAGCGCCACAGGGAACAGCAUCCUCUGCAGAAAAGCAUUUGAGUCCAGGCUUGGAGCCCAGUCAGUGACCAGGACAAGCCAAGCGGAGAUGGGCACAUGGAAGGGAAGGAGACUGCUAGUGGUAGACACGCCCCCCAUCUUUGGGUCAAAGGCCCAGAACCAAGACAUGGACAAGGACAUUGGAGAUUGUUACCUGCUGUGUGCCCCAGGACCCCACGUGCUGCUGCUGGUGACCCAGCUGGGACGCUUCACAGCUCAGGACACCCUAGCCGUGAGGAGGGUGAAGGAGAUCUUCGGGGCAGGAGUCAUGAGGCACAUGAUCGUCCUCUUCACCCACAAGGAAGACCUGGCAAAUGAGACUUUGGAUGAGUUUGUGACCCACACUGACAACCACAGCCUGCGCAGCCUGGUCCACGAGUGUGGGAGGAGGUACUGUGCCUUUAAUAACAGGGCCUCAGGGGAAGAGCAGCAGGGACAGCUGGCAGAGCUCAUGGCCCUGGUGAGGGGGCUGGAGCAGGAGUGUGAGGGCUCUUUCCAUAGCAACGACCUCUUCCUUCAUGCUCAUGUGCUCCUUAGCGAUGGCUGCAGUGAGUACCAGGAAGCCUACAGGUGCUACCUGGCCAAGGUGAGGCAGGAGGUAGAGAGGCAGAAGCGGGAGCUGGAGGAGCAGGAGGGCAGCUGGGUGGCUAAGAUGCUUUGCAGAGUCAGGACAUGCUCGUGCUCCCAAAUCGCAGCAGCCACCCUUCUUAUUGGGUGUGGUUUGAUUUUUAUUGGCAUUUUAAUUAACUUUUAUGUUAACCAGUGGAACUGAG